AUUGCUGUAUUAAUGUGUAAGAGGGCGCGUGACUUAUUUAUUAUGCGAUUAAAAUAUCAGUCAACUGCUUUUAUUUUGAAAAGAGCGACCAGGAGUUCCGUCCUGGGACGAUCAGCUGAUGUCAGUGUAAACAGAAAACAGAGGCGUUUGAAGUGAGAGAGAGGUUGAGCUGUAUUUCGCCAUCAGUCAUCUCAGCGUCAGAUGAAGACGGUCGGUGUGGAGUGUGUGUGAGUGACCGUGUGAUGUGUGGGACGAUAUGCGCCGAGCUAUUUGGGCUUAAAACAUCACAUGCAGCCUCACAGAGGGCCUGUGUGAGAGCAGCUGUGUCCGACCACCCAGGAUUUGACUUCAUAGCACUGGAUUAGUUGAAGCAGGGUCCAUGGAGGAGCUGGAGCCAGAGGAGCAGUUCCUGCAAUACGCCAGGAACGGAGAUCUGCCUGGGAUACAGAGGCUUCUCAUGUCCAAGAUAAGGGAAGAGACUCAGAUCAACAUAAACUGCAAAGGUAAGAUGAGGUCUAACCUGGGAUGGACGCCUCUUCACUUGGCCUGUUACUUUGGACACAAAGAUGUAGUGGAGGAAUUACUUAAGGCAGGGGCAGAUGUUAACUUGCCCAAUAAUAUCGGAGACACACCUCUGCACAAAGCUGCCUUCACAGGAAGAAAGGAGGUUGUCAUGCUGCUGCUGCACUAUGAUGCAUGUGCUACUGUCAUCAAUGGGACAGCACAGAUUCCCAAAGAUGUCACGCAGAAUGCAGAGAUCAGAAGCAUGCUCGAAGCGGCCGAGAGAACAGAGGAGAGGAAACUAGAGGAGGAACUUUUGGAAGCUGCACGAGAAGGAGACCUUUCAACUCUAACUGAGCUGCUCAGCAGGAAAAAGCCUCCAGACAUCAACUGCACAGAUCUGUUGGGUAACACUCCGCUGCACUCUGCAGCCUAUAGAGGCCAGAAGCAGUGUGCCCUGAAGCUGCUAAAAAGUGGAGCAAGCCCCAACAUCAAGAACAAGAAUGGCCAGACAGUGUUUGACCUGGCUAGUGAUUCGGCAAUGAAGCAGAUCAUUGUUCAUCGAGGUAUGAUGCAACAUGUCAAGAAGUACGAAGGACUCCUCUGGAAGAGCUCCAGAUUUUUUGGUUGGCGCUCCUACUGGGUCAUCCUUCAAGAUGGGGUUUUAUCCUGGUACUCAAAACAGUCAGACGGAGCUGCCAGUAUCAGGAGACAAGGCUGCAAGUCCCUCACACAUGCUCAGUGUUUGAUCCGGGCCAAGGAUAGCUGCUUUUUUACCCUUAAGUGCUUCGAUGACAGCGUGCAUCAUUUCAAAGUAUCACCAAAAAAUGACCCAGAGGCAACAAGAAAAGCAUGGCUGGAUGCAUUGGAGGAGCACUCUGCUUACAGCACACACUACUGCUCCCAAGAUCAGGGCAGUGAGGAGGAGGAGGAGGAGGAAGUGAUGUCACUUGGGGAGCUAACAGCAUCACUACAGGCAGCAGAGGCCAGCCAAAAGAAACUGGAAGAGGAAGUGGCAGCUUUCCUGUCCAUGCUGAAAAAUGAUGGGCUGGCAGAAAGAUUUCCAUCCGCCAUACUGCAGAAAAUGCAAGAAAUCUGUAAGUUGUCCAGCGAGACCAGUUCCAGUCUUGGUGUCUGUCUUAGCUUCUUCUCCAGACAGGAGGGG